CCACUACAUGGACUCAGCAGGAAUAGACCAGAAGGUGUUCAUCUCCAGAACCAGCGAGGGUGAUCCUCUACAGGGGUACUACAAGAACAAGAUGGUUAAAUAUCCUGACUUUACCUCCUCAAACACCGCCACGUGGUGGCAUUCCAACCUCACCGAAUACUCUAACGGGUACGGGUUCCAUCUACACCAGAACACACCUUAUAGCCAGAUCAAUGGGUCGGUAGGAGUCUGCUCCGACUUAGCCCCUGAUGUUAACCUGGCUACGGACAUUCUCAAUUUAAGAAACCUAGAGGAGAACACACUGUGUUUGUCCGGUCUAAACAAGAAAGGAAAUCAACUGGAACUACACAACCAUUUCUCCUGCCAGCAAGCCAUGGCUACUCAGAGCGCUCUUAAACCAUAUAGCGUUAGCAAACAACCACUCGUGGUGAGCGAUGGCACUAGUCCCGGUAUUGGAGCAGUUGCCGGACAUUUCCACGAUUCUAACGUAGACAACCCUAAUGAUCUGACGGGACUUAAAGCAGCUCUCAAUGAAAUGGUUACGUUCAACUUCUUGGGAGUGACUAUUGUGGGACCUAAUAUUUGUACUAAAGAGUAUUCGACCUCUGAAGCCUGUCUGAAGUGGUACUACCUCUCCGUAAUCUCCCCUCUUGCCUGGAGUCUGAGCUCUAAUCUACCCCACCUCUUCGCUGGUGACGACACUUUCAGACAAAAAGUUUCAACCGUAUUACAGUUUAGGCAGACCCUCCUCCACUACCACUACGAUACACUCUACAAAGCCCACGUGUCAAGUGAAGUACCUCUGAGGUUCCUAACAUUUGACUACCCUGCAGAUGAGAGUGCUGGUCUAUAUCAGGAUCAGGUGCUGUUUGGAGAUGCUAUCCUCUACACUCCUAUUCUUAGAACGGGAGAGGAGUUCAGAGUAAGUUACUUACCUUCUGGAACCUGGUGUAACUGGGUAGAUGGCUCCUGCUACCACGGCCCCACUGAAGUCAAGGUUCUGGGCUCCAACUCCCCCGCUAGUUUUACAUUUUUGAAAGGUGGAACUGCGGUUAUGACUCAGAAUUCGGCUAACACUACUGAAGCAAGCCGGGAGCAGAAGGUUCGGCUGAUCGUGGUGCUCGACGAGUCCGGACAAGCCAACAGUACCAGGCUCUUUGACGACGGAGACACAGCCAACAGCUUGGACACAAAAUACUACACUCUGGUCAACUACAGGGCUGUUAAUAAUUCUCUAAGUGUUACUUUGCCACAGAGGGGAUACAGGGGAGGAGUGAUGAAAAUGAAAUACGAACGGAUACUAGUGUACGGGCUUCCCAAGAAAGUGAUCUCCGUGACCCGAGUGGAAAAGAAGCAGCAAAUCCGGGUAAGCAGUCUGGUAGCCGGAGACACCCACUUUUAUAAACUGGUCGUCUCAGACACUAAUGUUGAGAUAGAGCUAAACCAGGAGUUUGAACUCAAGUGGGAGCUUCAAGAUGGCCACGGAUGAUUCCGAUAAAUGAUGUUUUUGUCUCAACAAUGAUGCACAACAAACAAACAAUCCUACACGAAACAACUGCGACCAUCGUAACCAAUCGAAAAUGUAAAUAGAAUAAAACGUGUGUGGAGUCUUAAAGUUAAAGCUUAGAGGAGAACAGCUGAAUAAAACUCACAAAGCAUAUAUUGUGAUAGUGUUACUCUGUCAAUGGGCUCUAAAGGGUAUAACUUUAAAAUGCUGGAGCAGCGGGCGUUAUGAUAUAACAGAUUACAGACGCAAACCUUUUGACGUGCAAAAUUCCUGGAGGGGAAUUGCACUGCUUGACACUAGCAAUAUUUCUUGACUUUGACACAUGCAAGUGGCAAGUUUGCCUGAAUUAUUUAUUUCCCGACAAAUUUGUUAUAUC